CAAAACGUGAAAUCGUCAAGGCGGAUUUCAUCCUUUGUAUUUCCACAUUGCAUAUAUUGUGUCUUCUUAUAUUUCUCAUAAACUCAAUCGCCACAUACGUCACGAAUCCGGUCAUUCUGACUGAAACAGCUAGUUUCUGUUCGAUUUGUGUAGUUUAUAUUUGGAAGGCUAUCAUUUUGCGAUUACAUCGGAAACAGUUUCAGAUUUUGAUUGACGAUAUGGAGGAAUUUUUAGGAAGUUGCUGCAAGGAAGAAAGACAAAUUAUUCAGGGUUACGUCAAUAGUUGUUGGAUCCUUCACUUGAUGAUAUCGUCUUUAAAUUACUUUGCAGCUAUUUCACUGGUUGCCAGUGAAUUUGUUAAUCCCAAACAAAAAAUGAUAAUCGCCGUGGUUUAUCCCUUUUCCACUGAAUCCGAUGUACCUUACUACUUUGUUUUACUUCAUCAAACAAUCUUUCUGUUACAAAUUUCCGCGACUUGUACAGUCGACUGUCAAGUAGCGAUGAUUUUGUGGUUCGCUGGAGCCAGGCUCGAAAUACUUGCUGAAGAAACCAAAUAUUUUUCCAAGGUUUCGGAAAUUUUCUUAUUCAUCAAAAAACAUAACCAGCUUCUAGCGUAUGCCAAUACCGUCGCCAUAAUAAUGCCCUACAUUGCAUUCGUUACCACAGGAACGUGUGGGAUUGCAGCGAUCGGGGGUUCUAUGCUGAUUGCUGCUGACCCAUCCUGGCCAGUCAUAAUGCGAUUUGGACCGGGCCUCCUUGUUGUUCUGUUAAAUCUAAUGAUCUCUAUUUGGCCAGCAGAAAAUAUGAUGAGAGUGUGUGAUUUAGUAGGAACAGCUGCUUACAACGUACCAUGGCCUGAUAUGUCACCAAAAAUGAUGAAAACCAUUCUCAUAAUUCUGCAGAGAUCACAACGUCCGAUUCAAGUCUCUUUCGGUGGUUUUCUCCCCCCUUUAUCAUUUCGCUUUUACUCCUCGUUCCUCGCAACGAUAUUUUCGUACUUCACUACUCUUCGGCUCGCCAUGUCUAACGAAUUAGAAUCAUCGAAGUGAAUCCAUCGAUAAGAAAGUACAUUUUUCCAGACCGACGGACCGACCCAAUCAUUCAAGAAUUGUAGUAUUGUAUUAUUUUUUUCUUAUUUUGAAAUGUUAC